AUGUUGGCAGCGCUUGUCAGCCACGUUCUGCAGACCACGAUGUCCCGCAAGAAUCAAGAUCAAGAAACCUCGUCGGACGAUGCCAGCGACGUGGAAGAACAAGUUGUCGAGCAGUACGUCGAGCAGCCUUCACGCAUGGCCGCCAGAGACACCAAGUGUGUGCAGGGUGUGCAGGGUGUGCAGGGUGUGCAGGGUGUGCAGGGUGUGCAGGGUAUGCAGGGUGUGCAGGAUGUGCAGGAUGUGCAGGAUGUGCUGUGUGUUGUGUGGGAGAUUGGCUUGGCAAAAGAAAGUUGUGUGUGUUUACUUGAGUUGUGA